UGUUACGUUUCCAUAGUCACGUCACAUCGGCUCCACCAUGUUGUAGGAAAUCCACCGCUGCUCUUCACUCACUGUCAGAUUAGAGUUAAAUCCGAGGAGGAGGAGGAUACCCUGUCAAGACGCUGUCUGCAUCUUGGAAGGAUUUUCGGUGUUUGUGCAUUUUAAAGAAACGCGACUUUACGUGUUGCAGUCAUUUUUUUUCUACAAUAAAGGGCCUGGACAUAGAAGAUGAAACGCCAGUCUUCCGUUGAUGUCUUUGCCUGUCCGCCGAUUUGCCAAUACGUUAAAAUGUUAGCUGGCUAACUAGCUGAAAAAAGAGUGACUAACGUUAAAUCGGAUUAGCUUCUAACGGCAGCCUCCCUGUAGGUAAUAUCCAGGUAUUAUUUGCUAUUUACUUGACAACUAUUAAGUUACACAGCAAACGGUUGCCUCUAUUUUUUAAUGUUUAUUACAAUUCUACAUUUGUGUCAACAUUACUACUUAGUGCUGUAAUUAUUCGCUAGCAUUAAUGUUGCUGCAAGCUAGCUAGGUUAUUAGCCAAUCAAACCACAACAAGAGCUGGAGCUCCUUCACUAGCUAAUCUCAAGUGUUUGUUGGAAAGAGCAAACAUAAAAUUAGUGCCUCCGACCACAACCGCAAGUCAAGACGGAGCUGACAGCCAGGUUGAAGUGCUAGCUUGUCCCCGGGCUAGCUGGCAAGAGAGCUGUACAAUAUUUUCUCCCCGAAAUUAGCCUUCAGACGAAUUAAAGAUGUCAGGAAAGGAUAAAGACAAAGACAAACAGGAGAAACAGUCCACAACGGAGCGGCUGAUAAAAGCUGUGCCAUACCCUCCACAACAUAAGCUGACUGUAAAAGAGCUAUAUGAAGAUGGCAAGCCCAAUGCUGAGCUGCUCCGCAACCACCUCGUCAAAGAGGGCAGGGUGGAAGAGGACGUGGCUCUAAAGAUAAUCAAUGAUGGGGCCAACAUCCUCCGCCAAGAGAAGUGCAUGCUGGAAGUGGAUGCGCCUAUAACAGUAUGUGGUGAUGUCCAUGGCCAAUUCUUUGACCUUAUGAAGUUGUUUGAAGUGGGGGGAUCACCCAGCAACACGCGGUAUCUCUUCCUCGGUGACUACGUAGAUCGAGGAUACUUCAGUAUUGAGUGUGUUCUCUACCUCUGGUCGCUCAAGAUCAACCACCCCACCACACUCUUCCUCCUGCGUGGGAACCACGAGUGCCGGCACCUCACAGAGUACUUCACCUUCAAACAGGAAUGUAAAAUUAAAUACUCUGAACGGGUGUAUGACGCCUGUAUGGAGGCCUUUGACUGCCUGCCCCUUGCUGCCCUGCUCAACCAACAGUUCCUUUGUGUACAUGGCGGACUCUCACCAGAAAUCAACUGCCUAGACGACAUAAGGAAAUUAGACAGGUUUAAAGAGCCUCCAGCAUUUGGGCCAAUGUGUGACCUGAUUUGGGCUGACCCUGGUGAAGAUUAUGGCAGUGAAAAGACAUCUGAACACUUCAGCCAUAACUCCGUCAGAGGCUGCUCUUACUUUUUCAGUUACUCAGCAGUCUGUGAUUUUUUGGUAAAUAAUAACUUGCUGUCAGUAAUAAGAGCCCAUGAAGCACAGGAUGCAGGGUAUCGGAUGUACAGAAAAAGCCAGACCACAGGCUUCCCUUCAUUAAUCACAAUCUUUUCAGCUCCAAAUUACCUAGACGUCUACAACAACAAAGCUGCUGUAUUAAAAUACGAGAACAAUGUGAUGAACAUCCGACAGUUCAACUGCUCCCCCCACCCUUACUGGUUGCCCAACUUUAUGGAUGUCUUCACAUGGUCUUUGCCUUUUGUUGGAGAGAAAGUGACGGAGAUGCUGGUGAAUGUACUGAACAUUUGCUCUGACGAUGAGCUCAUGUCAGAGGGAGAUGACUUAUACGAAGGUGGAACCUCAGCGAUGCGUAAGGAGGUCAUCCGGAACAAGAUUCGCGCUGUGGGGAAAAUGGCCCGAGUCUUCUCAGUCCUCAGGGAGGAAAGCGAGAACGUGUUAACACUCAAAGGCCUGACCCCAACUGGAACUCUUCCUCUGGGAGUGUUGUCAGGGGGAAAGCAGACCUUACAGACUGCUACGGUUGAGGCAGCUAAAGCAAAAGCAAUUCAAGGCUUCUCUCCCACGAGGAAGAUUCGUAAUUUUGAGGAGGCACGUGGCUUGGACAGGAUUAACGAGAGAAUGCCACCUCGCAAAGAUGGUCAGCAGCCAGACGGCACCACGAUCAACACCGGCACCCCCAACAAGAAUGGCACUGAUGGAUAGGCAACAGAAACAUCACCCAUCUUCACACAACCCACACCCCCUGACUCAUAGCCCCCAGCCUCUCUCUCUCUCUCUCUCUCUCUCUCUCUCUCUCUCUCUCUCUCUCUCUCUCUCUCUCUCUCUUUCUUUCUGUCUUUCUCCAUCUGUCUCCUCUACUGAAACUGCCUGUCCAUCUUCUGCUUGCUCACAGCUGGGCGGGGAAAAGAAGCGGUCACAUCGGUAGAUAAAAACAAAAGAAGGCCACAGCGCUGGGAAAACACUUCCAGCUGCUGAAAAAAGACAAACAUAUGAUGUGUUAUCUGGGGAAAAAUCUAAUCUUAUUUAUUAAAGAUGAAAUAUUAGAUAUAUUGUGUAAUAGCAACAAAUCAUUGAAUGAAGACAUUUUGCAGUUCGAAUAUAUACUGUACACUGAAGUCCUAACUUAUACAUUUUAUAAAUUUGAGUUGAUACAGAUACAGUAGAUGAAGCCCUGGAGCCCAGGAGUUUUAGUCACUUUAAGUUUUUUUAUUGUUGUUCUCCAUGUGUUUGGUAAGGGACAUUUGAUUUGGUUAAAUACAAAUACUGUAACCUCCACAGCCUCAUUUGGAUCUUGGAAAGUUCUUGUCAAGACAUUUGAGGCACUUGAGGUUCUACAUACAGUGCAGUGUUUGCUUAUGUGUCAGUUAAAUUAUGUAUGUAUUGAAAGGUAAAAAAAAAAAAAGAAUAAGGGAAGUCAAUUAUAUCAGAACAAUUAUCACAAAUUACUAUUUUACACUUAAAGCAGACAUUUAAUGAAGACUUAUAGUCUUAUUUAUACAUUUUCCACAAAACUUUGAUGAAUCCCCAAAGAUGCUGAAUGGAUUUUUGUUCAGUAUUUUGGUCACUUCCAGAGUAACAACAUUUUCUUCCUGUAGUAUUAUUAUUAUUGUUAUUAUUAUUAUUUGUGAAUGAAACCGUUAAAGUGAAGGAUUCUCUGUGUGCAAUGAUAGUUGCUGUUUCUGGCUGUUCUGUGCUGGUUAUGACUUGUGUUCACUUAAUGGCAACUAGGCUGUUCUCGCUAAACCAAAAAAAGGGAUAUACAGUGCAGCACGUCUCAUUCUAUCACCACAACCAGACUUAUCAGUACUCCCAUAUCCCGGUUGGAGGCACUUCUUCUUCUUCUCAAGCGCUGAAGUUAAGCCGACCUCUCUGGGGUUGAGCACUGCGCAUGAAGAUUACAGCACAAGAAUCCAACUGACACAAACGUUUUUCUCUUAGUUGUCAUUUUGAACAAACGAGGACAUAUUUGCUCAGAAAGCAGAGGAACUGCUGGCCAUAGUGUCCUCGAAACAGACUGAUGUUCAUUACUGCUUAGGAAAUUUCAGUGUAUUUAACAGAAUUAUGGCAGUUUGAUUUGAUGUUUUAUUGUCAAACACUAAAAAAUACGGGGUGUGUGCUUUUGGGGCUUUCCUUUGUUUGUAAAGCUGUAUUAGUGUCUCCAUCUACUGUUGAUUAUACAGAAUGCAGAUGUUUUUUGAAUUGUUAUAACCGUACGUAUCAGUGGAAAAAGGGAAAGGGAAACAUUUGAUGAUGCUGUACCCAGACACAAUGGACUGAGUCAUUCCCCUCGGCAGGGUGAUACUAUAAAAGGUACCGUCGACACACUAACAGCUGUCUAUCAAGGCCUAACAGUACUGUAAUCAUCUCAAACAUGGCUGACUCAUAUAUACGGUAUAUUAUUUUUACAACAGGUGGUCAUACCAAGAUGGAGACCAUUAACACUUGCUGAGAUUGCUGGUGUGUAUGUGUUUUUCUGCUCUAAAGUAUUCAGCCGUUCAGCUCUCUUCUGGUCUCAACACCUCCACUCCUCUUCACAGGCACUCCCAACCCUUUAACCGCUUUUACUCUGACAUACAACCAACUCAACUGGUGCUUCGACACACCUGACUGUAAUUCUGUUGUCUUUAAAGAAAGGAGGGAGAAAUAAGCUUUAAGAUUUGCUAUUCUCUUGUGAAUUUACCCUAUUUUUUUUUUUUUUUUUUUAAGUUAGGCAUUUGUGCUCAUGUGCCAUGCCACCUUGGCCACACAUGUCAAGAUCCGUGUGUGUGUGUGUGCGUGAGUGAGUGAGUGCGUGCGUGAGUGAGUGCGUGCAUGCGGAUGGUGAGUCAAGCCAGGAGACUUUCAUUCACACAUGAUGAAAGAUAAAUGUCAGUAAUAUUAAUCUUGAUAUCCUUAAAAUUUCCAAAAUAUAGUAGUUUGCCAUUAUGUUCAGUAGACUUCUGGGAAAGCUUCCUAAAGAUUAAGUAUUUCGGUUUACAUUCAUAACUGUGAUGUUAAAAUUUCUUUUAAUGGUAAGGCUUUAUUGGGUGAGCCAUACUGACCUACUGUUAGGUCCUAUACAUAUCUCGCAGAAUGUAAAACUAUUGUUCAUCAAUAAUCUUAUAAUAGCUGUAAAAAGGGGUGAAAAGAAACUGUACUUGUCAUACGAGACCAUGAAAUCUUUUACGUAGAUGUAUCACUUGAAAGAAAAGAAUAAAAUUCAAAUACAGUGUUUUAUUUGA